CAAGUGCCAAGGCGAGGGGGGCGUCUGGCAUUUUCUUGCGCUCUUUCCUCCCCGGCAGCCGACAAGUUGGCACAAGGGCCGCGCCGGGUGAGGAAGCAGCUGCCAGGGAGAGGCUAUGUCGGCGCGCAUGUGUUCUCCCUUUCUCUGUGGGUAUGUGUACGUAAGGCUGAACCAGGAUCUUUCUGAGGCUCCAGAGACAACAUUGCGGGGGAAUUUUUGCCCGAAGCAAGGGAUGUUUCCUCCUCCUCCUCUUCAGACAAGCAGCAGCCUGCCGUCAGAGAGGCAGUGGGGACUGCGCGGGAUCUUCCGAAGGGGGAACGGCUCGCAAGGGCGCGCCUUCAAGGCUCAAUUAAGAAUUUAGUGUACUAACCUGUGACCAGACAGUGAAGAGACAGCACACUAUACAGUUGGCACAAUGUUCCGUAAGAAGAAGAAGAAACGCCCUGAGAUCUCUGCCCCACAGAACUUUGAGCAUCGAGUACACACUUCGUUUGACCCAAAGGAGGGGAAAUUUAUUGGCCUGCCUCCACAAUGGCAAAAUAUUUUGGACACUCUGAAACGGCCCAAACCUGUUGUAGACCCUUCAAGGAUUACCAGGGUGCAACUCCAGCCUAUGAAGACUGUUGUGAGAGCAAGCACAUUUGAAGUAGAAGGCUAUAUCUCUGGGAUACUCAAUGAUAUCCAGAAGCUUUCCCUCAUCAGUUCCAAUACCCUGAGGGGGAAGAGCCCCACUAACCGGAGAAGAGCCCAGUCACUGGGACUUCUGGGUGAAGAUGGACCCACUGACAUGUACCUACAAAGCACUGAACCAGACUGGGCAGACCAAUAUGCAAACUACCUCAACUGCAAUGGUGGAAACAAAUCAUCUCGAAGGCAAACCUUGUGGCCAGAUUAUAAACCCAUGUUGGACAGCCAAGUUCAUUCCAAUGGUCUUGUGAUGAAAGCUCAGUCCCUUGGCCCAUCGGAAUUCCAGGGCGGAAACAGCCGCUUCAUCCCACUCUCUUCAGGUUUUCAGCACCAGCAAUACAUCCCGAUUCCUGCAGUAGACAAAGAAAACGCUGGAAGAAGGAGCUCAGAAGAGCGCUACCUGCAACCUUGCCAAGGGGCCUUCACUAAUUCAAGACCACCAGGAGAAGGCAGCCCUGGAUCCAAGUCAAGGGAAAACAGCUUGAAGCGAAGACUGUUGAGAAGUAUGUUCCCUGUAUCCGGCACCUCAAACAAGACCGGAAAUAACCAGCAGAUAAAGCCUAACCCUUUCUUCAGGCCACCACAACACUGGGGUUCACCACACAGCCCUGCUGCCAAAUCCCAGUCGCUUCCCUCUGACCAGCCAGCACCUGAUUAUGCUAGGAUUUCAGAAGCCAGCACCCCUCAGAGGUCUCCGACAAGUGAGCAUACGGCAGCCCUGCCUCAAGGAAGGCCAUCUCCAGCAGGGUCUCCCCGGAACAGGCACACCCAAACCAGCUCUAGCAACCUCCACCUUCCCUUGGACUGUAAAGUUCAGCCAGCCAGUGAGGAUCCAGCAGUUGUAACCCAUGAGCAGUUCAAAGCCGCAUUGAGGAUGGUAGUAGACCAAGGUGAUCCCAGAACUAUGCUGGAGAACUACGUUAAGAUUGGCGAGGGCUCUACGGGUAUUGUCUGCAUUGCUCGUGAGAAACAUUCUGGGCGGCAGGUGGCAGUGAAGAUGAUGGACCUACGAAAGCAGCAACGGCGAGAACUCCUUUUUAAUGAGGUUGUGAUAAUGAGAGACUAUCAGCAUGACAAUGUGGUGGAGAUGUAUAAAAGUUAUCUUGUGGGCGAUGAACUCUGGGUGUUGAUGGAAUUUCUGCAGGGAGGAGCUCUCACUGAUAUUCUAUCUCAAAUCAGGCUGAACGAAGAGCAAAUUGCUACUGUGUGUGAAUCCGUCUUGCAGGCACUGGCCUACCUGCAUUCCCAAGGUGUCAUUCACAGGGACAUUAAGAGUGAUUCCAUUCUCCUGACACUUGAUGGAAGGGUGAAACUGUCUGACUUUGGCUUCUGUGCUCAGAUCAGUAAAGAUGUGCCAAAAAGGAAGUCUUUAGUAGGAACACCCUAUUGGAUGGCUCCAGAGGUUAUUUCAAGGUCACCCUACACAACUGAGGUAGACAUCUGGUCUUUGGGAAUCAUGGUGAUAGAGAUGGUGGAUGGAGAACCCCCUUACUUCAGUGACUCUCCAGUCCAAGCAAUGAAGAGACUCCGUGACAGCCCUCCUCCUAAAAUAAAGAAUUGUCAUAAGACCUCUCCAGUUUUAAGAGACUUCUUGGAACGGAUGUUAACGCGAGAUCCCUUGGAGCGAGCAACAGCGAAAGAACUCCUGGAUCACCCUUUUCUGCUUCAGACUGGACUUCCAGAGUGCCUGGUGCCACUUAUCCAGCGGUACAGGAAACGCACCUCCACCUGCUGAGCCUAACCUAAUGGAAUACCAAGUAUCAUAACAUUACAUGUCAACAUUUCUCCAGGAAAUACUAAUUGAGUUUGUGUUGUUAUUUAAAUUAUUUAUAUUAUAUAUUUUCUGCCAGCGGGCCCUCAGACUCAUGUACAGUAAAAUCUCAACAUAAAACAAAGAUUUUUUUU